ACUCAGAAACAACCACACACCUCACUAUUCUUUACCGCAGCGAUCCAAUCGUCAACAUACAUCACUUUGACACGCGACCAUUGGAUUCGCUUCUUGUUCUUCUUUUCUUCUUGUUCUUCUUCUGAUUAGAGCGACGGACGUCUCAAAGGGUGACUUCCAAACCAGGUUUUAGGCAAGAAUAGGAAGAAAAUCGACCAUGAGCCAUGAACUCACGCUUAUCGUCGCGGCGACGCGCAACAUGGGCAUCGGCGCUAAGGGUGGUCUCCCCUGGACGGGCCUAAGGAAAGAAAUGGCCUACUUUGCUCGCGUAACGAAGAGGCUUCCACCACAGGCCCCUUCGGACGCCCGAAACGCCGUGAUCAUGGGCCGCAAGACCUGGGAGAGCAUCCCACCCAAGUUCCGGCCCCUCAAGGGCCGUCUCAAUAUUGUUAUCAGCCGCGCCCACCCGGCCUUGGACCUCUCCUCCUCAUCUUCCGCGGCAGCGACGCCGGACCUCGACAGGGAGCCUGUCAAGGUCGGAUCAUUGGAGCAGGCGCUCGCGUACCUGCGCGGCGACGGCGUCGCCGGCCGACUGGGCAAGGUGUUCGUCAUCGGCGGCGCGCAAAUCUACGGCGCCGCUCUCCAGCUGCCCGAAGUGAAGAGGGUUCUGUUGACCAAGGUGCUUGGGGAGUUUGAGUGCGACGCGUUCUUCCCGCUGAGGCUGAGGGACGAAGGGGAGAAUGGGGAGGAGAACUCGGCGGCACAGGGGUGGAUGAAGGUCGAGAAGACCGGGCUGGAUGCAUGGGUCGGGGAGGAGGUUGAGGGCGGGGAGAUUGAGGAGAACGGGACGAGAUACGAGUUCCAGAUGUGGGAAAAGGUUUGA